GCGGGGGCAGUAGUUCGGGGACCAGUCGAAGAUGCAUGGGGACCGAAAGUUGCGUUGCAACUUAUGCGGCCACUUGUUUCAGGGGGGGUCGUCGAAGGCCGAGCGCCAUUUCACGCAGUCGAAGUACUGCAAGGCUGGGGGGAUGAGAGUUCUCGCGGAACUCUGGAACGGCACGGACUACACAUUCGUGCCGUCCACUGCUCAGCAGGUGCAAAGGUGGAUGGCGGACAAGGGGAUACGGGAUACGGGAGCGCCCGCGGGUGGCCAGCAACAGCGGAUGGACGACGCAGAGAGGGAUGAGAUUCAGGACACCCUCGAUGAGGAGGAGGGCCGUGAGGGUGGGAUCGGGGAGGGGGGGGUGGCAGACGAGGCAGACGAGGCAGUCAAACAUCCUGACCUGCCAAGGGAGGAGGUGGUGAUGACGUCGAGAGGCGUCGGUCGAGCGGGUCCCGCUCCUAGGUCGUCGCGACCUGAGUUGGAGUGCGCGAGGAGGGAGAAGAGGACAGUGGGGGAGGCAGACGUCGAGGUGCGAGACACGGGCAGGGAGAAGAUGGCUCGGCAGACAACGAUUCAGGAAAUGUACGACAAGGAGAAGUUGGUCGAGUUCACAAACGCGUGGCUGCAAUGGAUCUACGCGAAGGGGUUGCCAUUCAACGCCUUCCGUGGUCCGGAGUUCCAGAGGGUGCGGCAGGUGGCAGAGAGAGUGCCUCGCACUAUCCAGUUCCGGUUUCCCUCCUACAGGGUUACAGCGGGCGCCGGGAUCCCUUCGCAGAGGGCGAAGGUGGCGACGAUGGUGAGCGAGGUGCGCGCCGCUUUCCGGCACACUGGUGCCACCAUCCUCUCCGACUGGAGGAAGUCGCACAGCAGCAAGCCGCUCGUGAACUUCCUCGCCGGGGGCGCCAACGGCACCCUGCUAUACUCCACUGUUGCACGCAACGGGUCGGUCCGAGAUACAGCGGACAUCGUGUACUGUAGGUGGCGGCCCAUCAUCUUGUCCUUUCCUGCAAAGGACGUGAUCAGCUUCUGCACAGACUCCGCCAGUAACUAUACGGCGACAACGCGCAGAUUCGCCAUGGACCCCGAGCCCGACAUUAGGAGGAUCACUUGGAUCCCCUGCUCCACCCAUGUCUACAACUUGAUGUUGUCAGAUAUCGGGACGCGAGUGGGGUGGGUCAAGGAUACCAUCAUCCGCGCUCGAGCGCUUGUGCGAUUUAUUAAAUCGCACGGCGCUGGUCACGCCCUGUUUAGGAAGGUGAGCCCUCGCGUUCAGCUCGUCGAGCCCGUCGAGACACAGUUCGCAUCGGUUUUCCUGAUGCUGACGUGUCUCAAAGGCCGACGAGAUGCGUUGGAGAGCAUGUUGCACAGGGAUGCUUGGGCACGCAUCUCGUGGGAGCGCAGGCUUGUAUCGCAGGCGCAGUGGGAGCAGCAGCAGAUCCGGGACGGGGAGUUUUGGAGGUGUGUCCAGUAUGCCAUCCUUGUCAUGGCGCCCGUCCACCAGCCGUUGCGCAGGGUGGAUAGGGGGGGGAUGAUGAUGUCCGUCGUUUACGAGUGGAGUCAGCAUGUGCUGCGGUUGAUGAGGACGGUCGAUGUGCCGGCGGACAUGAUCGAGCCGUGCGUGCAUGAGGUUGCCAUCUGCAACCUCCACAUGCUAGAGCCCUCACAUGCCACGGCCCACCUCCUCAACCCUCGGGAGAGGAAAUGGGCGCAGCACGAGCGCAUCAACACGGCGAGGCGCGUCAAGCUUAGGUUUGCCAAGCUUGCACAGCUGGUUGAGAUUGCCACCAAUCUCAAACUGGCCUCGUGCGCACGACAGGGUGGUGGGUACGUGUUGCCAUGGGUUAUGGGGACUGGUCGGGAGGGGACGGCUGCAGAGGACGAGGAUGAGGAGGGAAACGUGGAGCCCGAGGUGUGGGGAGCGCGACCUGAUGGCAACGACGACAUCGACGACGACUGGACAGACGAUGAUGACGCGCCGCUGAGUGUCGACGCGACUGCUGAGCGGGUGUACUUCACUUACGGUGGGGGACAUGACGGCAUGGCUUCGUUCACAUCAGUUAUCACUGGUGGUGUACCGUCGACCGGACAGGCGAGUGGCAGCAGCAGAGCCGGCGGUCGUCGUGGAGGACGUUCGCACGCGGAGGUUGGCGUCGACGGCUCGGGGGAGCAGGAGCCACGGGGAGGCCUUCGGCAGGCAGGCAGGCGUUGCGAGGUUAGGAGCGACAGCGAGGCGGACGGGGAGGCCGAGGAUGAGGAGGUGCCCCUUCGCGAUCGUCGCUUCUCUCCCUCCCAUCAUCCGAUCUCUGCACAGCCCGAGGCACUUAGGCGUUCGGAGAGGUUGGAGUCGACACCAGGCAGAGACCGGACACAUGACGGCGAGGAUCGUGGGGGGGAGAGGACUUCUUCCGACGUAGGUAUGCGCCCCUGCUUGCCGUCCGAGCUCCACACACACGACUUUGACGUCGGAGGACUUGGUGGGGGCUUGGGAGAUUUCAGUGUCGAGGGACGUCGACGUGCCUCCCCGUCGGAGGUGCGCACCGACAAGGACGUUGUGCGGGGCCGUGUUGAGACUGAGGAGGAGCGGCAUGCCCGUUUGGACCGAGAGGAGGAGGAGCGGCUGCGGAGUUUGCCACGAUGGGAGGUUCAGGGGGAGUUCGUUGAUGAGGGACAGGAUGCUGCCGCGGGUGGUGGGUCAGGUGGUGGACGACGCAGCGACGGGGAGACCGCGGUUGAUGAGGACCAGGAUGUUGCCGUGGGAGGUGGGUCCCCUCGUGGAGGACGUGGCGACGGCGAGACCGCGGGUGAUGAGGGACAGGGUGCAGCCGUGUGUGGCAGGGGAGAGGGUGGACCCGGUGGAGAUGGGGAUGCCGUGGGUGUUGGGGGAGACGAUGGACCAGACGAAGAUGAUGACGACACCCACGGUCCUGAGGAUGAUGCGUAUAGGCUCGCCUUGAUGUUGAGGGACCCCACAGUACCUCCCUUGCGCCCUGACGACUUAGCGCACACUUUCUUCGACAUCGACGCUUUGGCGCAAGUGUUGACGGCUGACCCUUUCGCACACACGGGCCGCGUGAGCGGCAAGAGGUGGGCCCCUGGAAGGCAAUAUUCACCGCCGCCGUUCGUGGUGCAGAGCCCUCGAUGGUCGGGUUCGUCGCUCAGCGGCGUGAGAGGGAGGGAGUCCGGAGCGGGUGAGGUGGGGUCCGGCGUGAGAGGGAGGGAGUCCGGAGCGGGUGAGGUGGGGUACGACAGACGCUGCAAGGGCGGCAGAGACAGUGCAGGAUCGAUGCCUCCACCGCCCGCACGGGCUCUGGAGGCUGGCGUCGACGUCGAGGUCGAGACGGCGGCACCCGGAGUUGCGCACAGUGGCGGUUCCCCGCCGACAGUCAGAGGUGGUGUGGGUGGCAGAUGGUCAGUUGUUCAUCGGGUCGGGGACCGGUUGCGGGAGGAUUACGACGCCGAGAGAGGCGUCUUCGAGGGACGUAUGACAGUUCAGACGCAGGCUGCGGAGGGUGGGUCCGGACGUCCGAGCCUGCAGAUGGCAGGCCGCAUGCUCGGUUUGUCACGAGCGACGACGAGGAGAUCAUUGGUCCUCGUGGCCGCAGGGACAUCCACGGACAUGCUGCAGGGACAUCAGUACACAUCAGGCGGGGAGGGGUUGUUGAUGCGUCCCAGGACGAGACGACAGCGCGGCCUCACGGAGGUUGAGGCUCGACUCGCGGCAGAGGUCGCCACUGGCCAGGCAGCAUUGGACGCGAUUCAGAGGGAGAGAGAGAGGGGGAUUGCUGCACGGGCGGCGGAGGACGAGGACGCAGACACAGAGUCCGAGCCGAUCGAGACUGCGGCCCGCAGACACAAGGCACAGGUGGCCGCGGCAGUCGCUGCAGUACAGGAGGCAUACAUCAGCGGGGCACAAAGCACAGGUGCCGGAGGGAGAGGAGGGCGUCGGGGAGGACCACAUGGCCGCUCGUCCUCCGGGAGAGGCCGCGCGCGCUCUGGAGGGAGAUGACGACGUCUGUGGGUUUUUUUUUUUUUCAUUAGUUGUUUUUUUUUGCGUGGCUGGACGCUCUG